AAUUGGUAGUUUAUACCUUUUCUCGAAUAAUAGAUGUUAAAACUUAAAACAUUAUGAGCCGUCUGUUCUACCUUAUGAUCUUGUAGUACCUCACCUAAUCUAGUAUGGAUAUAUAUAAAAACGGCAUUUGGUAGAACAGAAGAAGGUGAGGUGUCAGAAAGCGUAUUAAAUAAAAAUUAAGAACACAUCUAGCCCGUGAAUCGCUGUUUUCACUUUUCAGGCCGACGAGUCCCACUUCUAUUUUCAGUGACGAACUACUUCAACGCGGACGACCACUGUCCUUGCUCUUCCCCUGAGCGGAGCCCAACGAAGAACAGGCCGACCGAACUAGUCUGGCACAGUCUUUCGACACCUGAUAGAGAAUUACAGCUAAAAUCCUAGUUAAUCAUCAACCCUUACAUAGCCACCAUUUUCAUCAUAGGUUUGGGGCUUCUUCCAUAUUUUAGAAAAAUUUUCCCCAAUCCUUCCAUGUUACAUUUUUUUAAUUUUUCAGAUUUCUUUUCAUUGAUUUACUCAUGUCUUUAAAUUUGAAUUGUUAAUCAGUUUUGUUUGCGGAUUCAAUAAUUUUACCGAGCUUCAUUAUUAACUGGUUAUUUAAGCCGGUCAAACACCAUCUUUUUUGUUCAAACAUAAUAUGUACCACACCCAAAUUGGUCCCAUCUGUUUGGCCACCUUAGCCACUAAUAAAUAAGUGCCACCAGAGUGGGCCACUCCAGCUUUGCAUCGGCGUUUGUUUAUCAACUUAUCAUGCAUUUUAAUUAAAACCACAUGGUCUGGUUGUAGUAAUUGACUUAUUCCUUUGUUAUACAUGUAGUACGAGUGAUUUCUUUAAGAAAUGAAAAGAUUAAAUAUGAAAUCGGUAGGUAUCGUUUUGGCACUUGAUUAGUGUAUUUAGGAGUAGUUUCCUAGUCGUUUUGCAAAAUGGUAUCUUUCCCCGAAAUACAGCACAUUAUCCAUUGUUUUUCCAAAAUCAUACAAGAAAAUGCCUCGUCCUCCUCUUCUUCUUCUUCCUCCACUUCCACCUACUUUCAUCAAGGCCUUUGUUUUCUUUUCAUCACUCUUGUUGCCAACAUAUAGUGCUGGUGAUGUUGAAGGUUACACAGAUUGUGCACCUUUUACCUGUGGCACCUUCAAGAACAUUAGUUACCCAUUUUGGAAUAGCAACCAACCUGAUUACUGUGGCCAUCCUAGGUUCAAGCUUGAUUGCCAACAAGACCAAGUGACUAUAAACAUCAAAUCACAGAAGUUUGAUGUCAUCGACAUCGAUCAAAAUAGUCAAAGUUUGAAGAUUGCCAGGUUUGAUUUGUACAAUGAUCCUUGUUCCAGGGACAAUACCAAUGUGAGUUUGGAUAACGAUUUCUUCAAAUUCACUUCCAACGAUGGCAACAUAACUCUGGUAUAUGACUGUGAUCCUCCUUCAUAUUGGUCUGAUAUAAGCUUUAAAUAUUUUGGGAUGUUUAAUUGCUCCAUAUAUGGUGGUGAUCCUAGUGCUGCAUACUUAGUUCUGAUGGAAAAUCUGGGUGUUAUUUUUGAUAUGGGGUGUAAAUUUAUCAUUGUUCCUGCCCUAGCGAAGGAUAUACUAAGUUUCAAUAACGAUGCGUUAAAUAAUGGUUUUGAGGUUGGAUGGAGUGGAGUGAAUGAAACCCUAUGUGAUAGUUGCAAACAAUCUGGUGGGAGGUGUGGACACAAUGCAUCUUUAAAUGAAUUCAUUUGCUUCUGUCGAAAUAAUCAGCAAUCAUAUGGUGGGAUUUGCAGCAAGAGUAGUCUGUCUCAAUCACCAAACUUAUCAGCACCAAUACCAUCAGAGCCAUUGUCAUCUCCUUAUCCAGAUCCACUAAAUUAUCCAGAUCAUGGUGCUAAGAGAAAUCACUGGAAAUGGAUAGUCGUUGUUAUAGGUGCUACAGCAGCUGCAGUAAUUGCAGGAUUGUUGAGUAUUUGUUAUUUUACCUACAUGUCACCAGCAUCGCAAGAACAAAACUGCUUUCCAACGAAGGGUAACCAAGAUAUUGAAACUUUCUUAAAAAAUCAUGGAGUGUUAACUAUAAAAAGAUAUAAAUUCUCUGAUGUGAAGAAAAUGACCAACUCCUUCAAAGUUAAACUAGGACAAGGUGGUUUUGGUGUUGUAUACAAGGGAAAGUUAUCCAAUGAUUUCGAUGUGGCAGUCAAAAUGUUGAAUCCAUCCAAAGGAAAUGGUGAAGAAUUUAUUAACGAGGUAGCUAGCAUUAGUAGAACUUCUCAUAUUAAUGUUGUCGCCCUUCUUGGAUUUUGCUUAGAAGGUCACAAGAAAGUUCUCAUCUAUGAAUUUAUGUCCAAUGGUUCCCUUGACAAUUUUAUUUACAAAAAGAACCCUAAGAAUACAGCACUCUUGAGUUGGGAUAAUUUGUAUCAAAUUUCCAUAGGGAUUGCUAGAGGAUUGGAGUAUUUGCAUAGAGGAUGCAACAUUCUUAUUUUACAUUUUGACAUAAAACCACAUAAUAUUCUUUUGGAUGAAAACUUUUGUCCUAAGAUAUCAGAUUUUGGGCUAGCAAAGCUUUGUCCUAGAAAAGAAAGUCAUAUUUCAAUGUCCGAAACUAGAGGAACAAUAGGGUACAUAGCUCCAGAAGUGUGGAGUAGACAUCUCGGUAGAGUUUCACAUAAAUCUGAUGUUUAUAGCUAUGGAAUGAUGCUUCUAGAAAUGGUAGGAAUGAAGGAGAACAUCCUUGCAAAGACAAGUCACACAAGCGAGAUGUACUUCCCUGAUUGGAUAUACAAAAGGCUUGAUCAAGGAACUCAACUGGGACCUGAUGAUGAUGGGGAAGUGGCCAUAGAGGAAAAUGAUGUUGUUAAGAAAAUGACAAUCGUGGGUUUAUGGUGCAUUCAAACAAUUCCAAAUGACAGACCAACAAUGAGUAGAGUUGUAGAAAUGUUGGAAGGCAGCAUGAAUUCCCUGGAAAUGCCACCAAGACCUGUCCUGUCUUCAACAAGAGUGGUAGUAGAAUCUUCUUCUAAUGUUGUGUCGUUGGUGGAAUCUUCUUCUGUUGUAUCAGUUGUAGAAUCUUCUACUAAUGUAACUUAGAUGCAUUACAUUGUACUCCCUCUAUUGUCUAUGUGUACCAAGCACACAUUGCUACUUGAAUGUUUUCACUGAAAAAAAAAAACUGUUAGCUAAUGAAAGACAAAAAUCAGCAGCAGGAAAGUUACCAAGCAA